AUUUUUUCAGAGACUUUCAUCCGGCAACGGACAGGGCCUUUUUUUUCUUAAAGGAGAAGCUGCAACUCAAAUAAUUUACCACUUCUCCCCUCGAGAGCUGGCGGCGCUGGGGACAGAAAGGCCAGAGCAGGAAGGUGGGGGUCUGGGUGGAGGCGGGAUAACGUCCAGGCUACUUCUUAGGCUAGUAAGAACCCUUGAGGGGACAGCGGCGCCUCCGGGAGGCAGGUGCGCGCGCAGCCGGCAGGGGGGUGCGCGCGCGGCUGAGAACGGUGCGUUUUGUCCUCGCCUCCGCCCUCGCCAGCCCUGCCCCUCCCACCGCCCCUAGCUUGAGCCGAACUCCAAAGUGGGGGGGGAGAAAGGUCACUUUGGGAUUGUCGCGAGACGCAGCCGUUUAACGGUGAGAACGGGCGCGCGGGCAAGGAAACCUCGCGCUCUCCCUCGGAGCCGUUUCCUGAUUGGUUGGAGGAAGGGGUGGGGGAGGGCACCGAGUGCGCUGCUGCGUGUGAGACCGCGAGGGGCCGGGCCAGGGGGGCCGAUCCUCCCCUCCGAUUGGCCCGCUGCGUGUCCGUCCGGGUGCGCGCGUGCGCGCCGCCGGCGGUCGCUGGCUUGAGUGGCAGGGGGCGGGUGGGGGGGGGCGCCCUCGGAACGGGCGGAGGGGCGGGGGGGAGAGAGGCGCUCCGGAGUGAGGGAGCCGGACGCUCCGGGAGCCGAGGGGGGCGGGGGGAGCUGCGCCGCGGGCGCCGCCGCCUCCACCGCCUGGGACGCAGGGGUGGGGGACGGACGAGCCCCGAUGCCGGGGGAGACGGAGGAGCCGCGAUCCCCGGAGCAGCAGGACCAGGAAGGGGGCCCAGCAGCGGCGGCCGACGCGGCUUCGGAGGAGCUCCGGCCCGGCGCGGCGGCGGCGCCGGCGGCGCCUGCAGAGACCGCGAGCAGCCGCGUGCUGAGGGGAGGUCGGGACCGCGGCCGGACCGCUGCGGCCGCCGCCGCCGCCGCUGCCGCUGUGUCCCGCCGGAGAAAGGCCGAGUAUCCCCGCCGGCGGAGGAGCAGCCCCAGCAACAGGCCUCCCGACGGCCCAGGGCAUCAGCCCGCGGCCGCGAAGCCCCCGUCUCCUGCUCAGGGCAAGAAGAGUCCGCGACUCCAGUGUAUAGAAAAACUAACAACUGAUAAAGAUCCCAAGGAAGAGAAAGAAGAUGAUUCUGUCCUCCCUCAGGAAGUUUCCAUUACUACAACUAGAGCUAGCCGGAGCUGGCGCAGUAGUAGCAGGACCUCUAUCUCUCGCCUUCGAGACAGUGAGAAUACUCGGAGCUCUAGGUCCAAGACUGGCUCCUUGCAACUCGUCUGCAAGACAGAACCAAUUACUGAUCAACUUGAUUAUGAUGUUCCAGAAGAACAUCAGUCUCCCGGUGGCAUUAGUAGUGAUGAGGAAGAGGAGGAGGAAGAAGAAAUGUUAAUCAGUGAAGAGGAAAUACCAUUCAAAGAUGACCCAAGAGAUGAGACUUACAAGCCCCACCUUGAAAGGGAAACCCCAAAGCCACGGAGAAAAUCAGGGAAGGUGAAAGAAGAGAAAGAAAAGAAAGAAAUUAAAGUGGAAGUAGAAGUAGAGGUGAAAGAAGAAGAGAAUGAAAUUAGGGAAGAUGAGGAGCCUCCCAGGAAGAGAGGGAGAAGGCGAAAAGAUGACAAAAGUCCGCGGUUACCCAAAAGGAGAAAAAAGCCUCCAAUCCAAUAUGUCCGUUGUGAGAUGGAAGGAUGUGGAACUGUUCUUGCUCACCCUCGCUAUUUGCAGCACCACAUUAAAUACCAGCAUUUGCUGAAAAAAAAAUAUGUAUGUCCCCACCCCUCCUGUGGGCGACUCUUCAGGCUCCAGAAACAACUUCUGCGGCAUGCAAAGCAUCAUACAGACCAGAGGGAUUAUAUCUGUGAAUAUUGUGCUCGGGCCUUCAAGAGUUCCCACAAUCUGGCAGUACACCGGAUGAUUCAUACGGGCGAGAAGCCAUUACAAUGUGAGAUCUGUGGAUUUACUUGUCGACAAAAAGCAUCUCUUAAUUGGCACAUGAAGAAACAUGAUGCAGACUCCUUCUACCAGUUUUCUUGCAAUAUCUGUGGCAAAAAAUUUGAGAAGAAGGACAGUGUAGUGGCACACAAAGCAAAAAGCCACCCUGAGGUGCUGAUUGCAGAAGCUCUGGCAGCCAAUGCGGGCGCCCUCAUCACCAGCACAGAUAUCUUGGGCACUAACCCAGAGCCCCUGACACAGCCUGCAGAUGGUCAGGGGCUUCCUCUUCUUCCUGAGCCCUUGGGAAACUCAACAGCUGGAGAGUGCCUACUGCUAGAAGCUGAAGGGAUGUCAAAGUCAUACUGCAGUGGGACAGAACGGGUGAGCCUUAUGGCUGACGGGAAGAUCUUUGUGGGAAGUGGCAGCAGUGGGGGCACUGAAGGGCUGGUCAUGAACUCGGAUAUACUCGGUGCUACCACAGAGGUUCUGAUUGAAGAUACAGACUCUACUGGACCCUAGUGCAAAGGAAGACUUUGGGCACUGGGACAGUGCAGACUUUGUAUUUAAAAGAUAAAAAGGACAAAAAAAAUUUAAAGCAUUUAAAAAUCUAGUAAAAUAACUGAAGGGCCUGCUCUUUGCAUUGUGGAUCACAACACACACACACACCAUCCCCAUUCCCUGAACUCCCCUUCCUCAUCCUUAAAAUAUUGAUGUAGCCUUUACCAGAAAGGUUGAUGAAAAAGCAGCAACAUGCUAGGUUCCAGCCAGCAGCAGACUUCCUGCUCAUUGGCAAAUCUCCUUUUUCUCAGCCUAUAACUCUGAUGUGCUCUGGAUCAGCUUUGAACUCAUAAUAGUAUAUUACUAUCAUCUAAAUCUUUUCUCCUCUACUACUGCCCUAUGGCUCUGGCUUCUUCCCACUGCAACAACCAACACUUACCCUCAAAUAUUAUAUAAUUCUAUUUUCCGGAGGCUGGCAGCUUGACUUGGCACUUUAGGGCUCCUUGGCAGGAUGCUGUUAAAACAGCACACAUCUCUCACCCCUCUUCCAUUACUCACUGGGUUUGGGGAAGGAAGGAUACAUGGGGACCACCUCCCUCCCUUUCAAUGGAUCCCAGCACCUCAGUUCCCCCCACUCCUGAACCUCCAUAAUGCUCUUAAUGGUGCUCACUUGCUUGGAAGCAGGCUCCCAAGAGAGGGGACUGACCUCUGUUUCUGGCUGAAAGAUAGGGCUCUGUGUCAGUGAGAAAAGUCCCAGGCUAAUGGCAGAAAUUUGCACUUUGAACAUGUGUGUUUUGUGUUGUGGAACCUGAGAUUCCUUAUUUAUUAAUGGAAAGUCUGAUUUUUUGGGGGGGAGGGUCUUUGUUGCUAUGUUUUGUGGGGCUGGGAGAGUAGAUUAUUCUGACAUGGGAUCCUUCCUACAAGAGGUACUUUGAAGGCAAGGCUUAGAGUUGAAGAAGCACAGCCAGCCUCUAAAAUCAUAGUUCUCCAGUGGCCUUUAAAGUAAGCUGGUCCCCAGCACUAACAGAAUCACUACAAUAGCCUAGUGCUUUUUUGGAAGCCUUAGGGAAGUUUGAUAGGUUUGUGGUAACUAGUGUGCUCUUUGAGAUUUUUAAGAGCAUUUGAGAUACAAGAAUUUUGAGGGGAUGAGGAAUGUUGGUCAAGGUCUAAAUCACACAUAAAAAAUUUUCUUCUGUGAAUUUAUCUUCUUUGCAUAUAUAUCCCUGCUGGCCCCUUGUUUUGAUUUUGUUAUUGGUCAUUCCAGCUCUCAGUGGAAGACCGGACCCUGUCAUUCAUGAAGGAACACAAUCUAAAAGUUCUAGAGAUUUGGUUAAGAGUAAACUCUUCUGUCUUAUCUCCUCUUUAGAAGAGACAAAGCUUCAAUAGACAAAAACAAAAGUAAAAAUCUAUACGAUAAUGUUUUUUGGCUUUCCCCAGAAUUAUCUGUUUUCCUCUGAGUAGAGAUUUUAAUGCCCUGUGGCAUUAAAAUUACUGUCACUGGGAGACACGGAUCAUAUUUUUACAUGCUUCUACCUCUCAAAAGACUAAAACCCUAAUUCAGCUCAUUUUUUGAAAAUUAGGAGUGCAGUUCUUCCCUGUGUACUUCAGAAUCAGCCAUUGAAGACUGGGCCAGUUGUUGUCAGCAACACAUGAUGACUAUUGGGAAAAAUAAGAGUUUGAGAACAAAAUAAGGAACAGCUUGUUUUUCACAAACACUAAAACUGUGGAGUUUAUCAAAUUUUCUCUGCUUGAUUUUUUUUUCCCCCCAAAAGGAGAAUAGCAAAAUGUCAUCUCUGAAAGACGCUUACUAUACACCCACCUAUGUCGGUGGUUGGGAUGCCAGGGAGAGGGAGGAAGACACCUACAGGAACAAUCUUAAACACAUUAUUGUUUCCUCUAGAGUGUUGCAGACUUAGCCACCCCUCCAUGUGAGGGGAGAAAAGGCAUGAAGACAGGCUUUUCUGCCCUGCAGAGUUGCAGUUGACCUUGGUACAUUGCAUAGAUUUGAAAACACUUUAAGAGGAAUUAAAAAUGGAUCUGCAGCAAACUUUGCUCCUCUUGACGCUGUUUAUCUAGUAUCUGUGUCCUACACUUACCCUUUGUUUUUCACAUUUAGAAUGUCUCCAAUAAAUUAGAUAGAGCCACCCACAGAAAAACAAACUGCAUUGAAAACAUCUCACUUUUCUGGGAUGGGGAAAAAUAUGUUCUUUUCUGUACUUCGCUCUCCUCCCCAUAAAAGCAACUAGUUCUAAAACUUAGAAACUUCCUGUCCUCUCAUGGGGUUGGGGUGGGGCUGAAAGGGGGCUCGGUCAUCUUAGCUGCUCUCUGUUGGCAAUAAGUUUUUUUAGCAGUUUGCAAUAAAUUUUUCAUGAACUUCCUAUUCCUUUUGAGAGCUAGUGCUAGUAUAAUAAAAGUGUAUGAGCAAACUAAGCCCCUACCCUUUUCUUUUUUCCCAUGCCAGUCAUUUAAUUGUCCUUCGAAGGAGUCCUUUUAGUUUUGAAAAUAGUUAAUUCAUACUGAUGGUUUGUUAUCUUUUAAGUCAUACCUCCAUCUUCAAUUGGCAAUUCUAAAUUCUUAGGUAUAUAGUUAUGAUAAUUACUUGGUAUUUCUGGGAGUUGUGUACCCUCCUUGCUUGCAUUGCUAGCGUAUUUUGCAUAAUUAGACCCUAACACAUUUUACAGGGUUUAGUCAGACACUGGCUGGGAGUCCUGGGAAUGAGCAGAGAAAACAUCAGCAUAGAGCACUUGGACCUCCCUUGUACCUGUUCAGAGGAAGAAAAUCAACUAACUAUAUACCAACAACCUAAGUGAGGUCUUACAGCCUUGCUGCAGGGCUAGUUUCCUGCCUUUCUUUCUAUCAAUUUUCCAGUAUACUCAAGAAAAUCGGGAAAUUGUAAUGGGGCAGUUAUAUCUCCUGAGACUUUUUGCCUGUUGAAAUGUGCAGGACCCUUUUCCUGUGAUGAGAGAUAGCUGGUUACUUGAUCUAGGUUUAAAAGUUAUGUAAAAGAAAAAAAUUAUAAUAAAAGGGAUACUUUGCUUUUAAAAUCUUGUUUCCUUUUAAUCUAGGUAAUCAUUUCAAAAUAAGUAUGUAAAGAAGAAAAAUAAAAGUUGUCUUCCUGGAA